AUGCUCCCGAGCUUCCUGCCCUGCGUGGCAGCCUCGCUGCUCGCACUCCCACAGCUCGUCGCCGCCGCCACCGUCACAUAUGACUUCAAAAUCGGCUGGGUUCGAGCCAACCCAGACGGAGCAUUUGAACGUCCAGUCAUUGGAAUAAACGGGAAAUGGCCCAUCGAAACCAUCGAGGCCAAUGUUGGUGAUCAAGUCAUUAUCCAUGCCCACAACAACCUGGGCAACCAAUCCACCUCGUUGCACUUCCACGGCCUCUACAUGAAUGGCACCAACCACAUGGAUGGCCCUGCUGGAGUCACCCAGUGCCCAAUUGCUCCGGGCUCUUCCUUCACUUACAACUUCACCAUCACCCAGCCUGGCACAUACUGGUAUCACUCCCACACCAGCGCGCAGUACCCCGACGGUCUGCGCGGUCCUCUGAUCAUCCAUGACAAGGACUUCCCUUAUAAAGACAAGGUCGACGAGGAGCUGGUCCUGACCCUCUCCGACUGGUACCACGACGAGAUGACCUACCUCAUCCACAAGCUCUUCAUGGUCAAGUCUAACCCCUCUGGUGCCGAACCUGUGCCUAAGAAUGCCCUCAUGAACGAGACCAUGAACCACACUAUCUCUAUCAAACCGGACACCACCUACCUGUUCCGCGUUAUUAAUAUGGGAGCCUUUGCUGGCCAAUAUCUCUGGUUCGAGGACCACACUAUGCGCAUUGUUGAAGUUGAUGGUAUCUAUACGAAGGAAGCUGAGGCCGACAUGAUCUACAUCUCUGCUGCUCAGCGAGUUAGUUUCCUCCUGACUACCAAGAAGUCCACGUCCAAGAACUUCCCCAUUGUCGCCAGCAUGGACACUACCCUCUUCGACGUCCUCCCCGAUGACCUCAACUACAACUCCACCGGCUGGCUCGUCUACGAUGACAGCAAGGACCUCCCUGCGGCCGCCACCGUGGACAGCCUAGACCCAUUCGACGACAUGACGCUGGUUCCCUACGACAAGAUGGAGCUUCUUGGCGAGCCCGAUCGCAUCGUUGAGCUCGACGUCAUGAUGGACAACCUCCACGACGGCCAGAAUUAUGCCUUCUUCAAUAACAUCACCUACAGGCCCGCCGAUGUCCCCACGCUGUACACAGCCCUCUCUGCUGGCGACGACGCCACCAACCCAGCCGUCUACGGAACCUACACCCACUCCUUUGUCUUGAAGAAGGACGAAAUCGUCCAGCUCGUUGUCAACAACCUUGACUCUGGCCGCCAUCCCUUCCAUCUCCACGGCCACGCCUUCCAGGCCGUCUACCGCUCCGAGGAGGAGGCCGGCAUCUGGGAGGAUUCCGGCAUCACCGAGAAGGAUCUCCCCAGCACCCCCAUGCGCCGCGACACCCUCGUCAUCUAUCCCAAUGGCAACAUUGUCCUGCGCUUCAAGGCCGACAACCCAGGUAUCUGGCUGUUCCAUUGCCAUAUCGAGUGGCAUGUCGUCUCUGGUCUCAUCGCCACCUUCGUCGAGAACCCGCUUGAGCUACAGAAGACGCUCACGAUCCCCGACAACCAUCUUGAGGCAUGCAAAGCCGCCGGUGUGGCCACCACGGGCAACGCUGCCGGCAACACAAAGGACUACCUCGAUCUCACCGGCGAGAACGUCCCCCCGCCUAGACUCCCUGCUGGUUUUACUCCCCGCGGAAUUGUUGCCCUUGUCUUCAGUUGCGUCGCUGGUAUUCUCGGUGUCUGCGUCGUCGCUUGGUACGGCAUGGCCACCGUUGUGGACGACGGUCCCGGCCUCCUUGGCCGUGGAAUCAUUGAUACCGACUCCGGUCCUGAGACUCAGGAGCAGACCCAAACUGGCCAGAAUGAGACUGUCACUACGACAGAUGGCACUGGUACGAAUGCAGCGCGAUUGUAA